GAAAGGGGUUCUGUUUUCAGAGGGGGAAGCAAAAACACGCUGUCGCCAAAGCUGUUAUUCCCGGGUGCUGCUGGUUCCUUCUUUGUUCCCGAUACCGGUAGAAAAAUGAUGAGCGCUCAGCCUCAGCCGCCGAGUAGUAUGAUGGCGGCGGCUCCUACCACGUCUUCUCAGGGGUACCAGCAUCAUCAUCAGCCAACUUCAGUGGAGGAGGUCAGAACCCUCUGGAUUGGGGAUUUACAGUAUUGGGUGGACGAAAACUACCUCAAUACCUGCUUUGCUCACACCGGCGAGGUGAUUUCAAUAAAGAUAAUACGUAAUAAAAUCACUGGCCAGCCGGAGGGUUAUGGGUUUGUGGAAUUUGUUUCUCAUGCUGCAGCGGAAAGGGUUCUGCAUGCUUACAAUGGGACACAAAUGCCUGGAACUGAACAAACUUUUAGGCUAAACUGGGCUUCCUUUGGUAUUGGGGAAAGACGUCCUGAUGCUGGGCCUGAGCACUCUAUUUUUGUAGGCGAUUUAGCCCCUGAUGUUACAGAUUAUAUGCUGCAAGAAACCUUUCGAACUAAUUAUCCAUCAGUUAGAGGUGCCAAGGUUGUGACUGAUCCUAACACUGGACGCCCAAAGGGAUAUGGGUUUGUCAAGUUUGCUGAUGAGACUGAAAGGAACCGAGCUAUGUCAGAAAUGAAUGGUCAGUAUUGCUCAAGUAGACCGAUGCGUAUCAGUGCAGCAACACCGAAGAAAACCACUGGUUUUCAGCAACAAUAUGCUGCCGCAAAAGCGGUAUAUCCUGUCCCAGCAUACACUACACCAGCAGUUCCCGUGCUUCCUACAGCAGAUUAUGACGUAAACAACACCACUAUUUUUGUUGGUAACUUGGAUCCUAAUGUGGCGGAGGAUGAACUCAAGCAAACUUUUAUGCAGUUUGGAGAUAUUUUCUAUGUCAAGAUUCCUGUCGGCAAAGGAUGUGGUUUUGUACAGUUUGGGACAAGGGCAUCUGCUGAAGAAGCUAUCCAAAGGAUGCAGGGAAAGAUGAUCGGUCAACAAGUAGUCCGUAUUUCUUGGGGCAGGAGCCCAACAGCUAAACAGGACGUACCUGGUACCUGGGGUCAGCAAGCAGAUCCAAACCAAUGGGCUGCAUAUUAUGGUUAUGGACAAGGCUACGAUGCCUAUGCUUACGGGGCGGCGACUCCUGAUCCAUCAUUAUAUGCAUAUGGUGCAUAUGCUGGCUAUGGCCAAUAUCCUCAACAGGUUGAAGGUCAAGAUGCUGCAACUGCGGGAGGUGCUAUCCCAUCUGUUGAACAGAGAGAAGAGUUGGAUGAUCCCUUGGCUACACCGGACGUUGAUAAGUUAAAUGCAGCUUACCUCGCCCGCCACGAAAGGGCCAUCUUAUGCCGGCCUUUGUGGCUGAGAACAUCAUCAUUUACGCAGCAAGCUUAGCCAUGUUUCGCAUAAUGUUUGGUUCCAAGAGAAGAAGCGAUCAGGAUAUGGCUCGCCUUUAUAAACAAUGGAGCGAAACCGAGGCCGGGAAGAGUACAGUGGUGCACUCCGCUUUGAUCCAGUACUCCGUAGGAUCUAAUCAUAUGGUGGCGAUAUGGAUGUCAAUAUGAAAUUGUGUUACGUUGAGACCUGGUGCUUAUGGCAUAGGUUUAGGUUGUCUCUGAGAUUUAUGGGACCUUUUUUUCCUUGCUUCAAGUUUUUUGAAUUAUCAAACAUAUUGCAUCUAUAUCCUCAUGAACUAGGUCGAUUGUUAAGUUUAAAACGGUAUAAAGACAGAUUUUUUUAUUUUGUUUUUCUUAUUAUAUA